UAUUACCAGAUGCUUUCUCUGCAUAUAGAUACAAAGCAUUAAUGAAUGGACCUUUGGUAUUAUAUUUGAAAGGUAAGACCUUGCAUAGUUCAGGUGUUACUAAGACUGGUAUUUUUGAGGCAAAUAUGUACCUGGCAGAAGAUUGUAUUUUAAGUUUGGAACUUAUCAUUAAGAAACAUGAAUCAUGGAAAUUAAAAUAUAUAAAG